AUGGGAGUUGAUGCCUCGUCAUGGACUGCUGAGGUGCCCAGCUCAGUAUCCGGCCUGCAGGGCUUGUGCAUUAUUGUGCAUUAUGGUUCAAAGACACUGAUGAUGUUAUAUACCACCCAGACAGUUCCAAAGUAAUCGAAGACUACAAGGGUCGUACAGAGCUGGUGGGAGACCUCCGGCAGAAGAACUGCUCACUCAGAAUCGACACCCUCCAUUGCAUUGACAAGAGCCCUUUUAUUUCAGGGUUGAAAUCAAAGACCAUGACAAGUAUUCCUACAUACCUGACACAGUCUCCAUUGCAGUGAGCAGUACGUUCCCAGGGGAAGAAUUGACAAGGAGAAUUUCAAAUGUUGUAUUAUAGUUUCCCAUUAUUUAUCCUAAUGAUAGCUAUAGCUUCUUGUAGAUUUAAAUUAUAGUGCUGAAAGGACAGACCUAAUAACUGGUGGAAGCACACCUGAAAAUAACUGCAAUAACUAUUCUCUUCUCUUUGUUGAUUUCAUGCUCUCCACAGCCUGGAUUUGGCAAACUUCCAUUUUGAAAUCUAAAUAGAUUUAAAGCAUGUGGUUGAUCUACUGAAUUUGUCCUAAGAUGUUUAUUACAUAGUAAUUAGUUAUUAAAAGAUGCUCCAGUGGAUGUGAAGGUUGAGGGAGUGUCCAGUGUGAAGGAAGGAGACUCUGUAGAGCUGAGAUGCUCCAGUGAUAGUAACCCUGCUGCCCACAGCUACCGCUGGCACAACAGCAGACGGCCUCUGCCCACCACAGGACCUACCAUCACACUGGAGAAUGUGACCAGACUCACUGAAGCCCUCUUCUGCACUGCCAUCAGCACAGAGGGACAAGGCCAAUCCAGUCCACUGAAACUCAAUGUAGAGUGUAAGUAGAUGCCGCCAUUCUGUCAAUAAGAAACGUGCCCUUUCUGUGUAUAUAAUAUGAAGACAAUAUUCUUCAGGAUGUAGCACUACAUGUUCAUUCUCAUCCCAAACACCCCUGAGAUCAAAUUGGGCUCCGCCUGCACUUCAGACAUCUCCAUGGUAACCUGUCUGUGCAUUGUGGAUUCGGAGCCCCCCGGCACCGUGGAGUGGUCUCUUCCAUCCAGACCCCUGCCCACCCUGCCCAGUACCAGAGUGGAGAGGCAUGGGUCAGUUACCAUGGUGACCCUACAGAGGGCACUAGGCUUCUCAGAGACCAUCCACUGCCAUGCCAUUAACACACAGGGCAAUGCCACCUUGUCCUUCACUGUGUCCACAAAUGGUAAGGGAAACAGUGGGGGAAGGGUAUCAUAAAUGAAGUAUUACAGACUAUAUUAACAUCAUAAAGGUUAUUAUUUGUACAUUAAUAAAUCAUAUUUAUUUAUUUUUUGACAGAUAAGAUGUUGAUGCUGUACAUUUCAAUUGGUAUUGCUGCAUUGGUGGUGGUAGUAAUACUAAUUAUCAUGUCAGCUUGCCUGUUGACCAAGAAGGGGUAAGUUACUAUUUUAUUUAUUUUUUUGGAGGGAGCUACGUAGAUUUGUGUUUCUUUUUAGCUGUUUUGUUCUGUUUGAAUAACUUAGCAUUAUUUUUCUCAUCAGUGGGAGGAGUCAUAGUGACCAGCCAGUAACCAUAAAGCAGGACAUGGAUGCAUCCAAGUGUGCUUCCACAGAUCCCUUAACAUCAAGGUAUUUUUGUACAGGCUGUUCUAUCUGUGAUCAAAAUGUAUACAUCCUGCUGAGUUGCUAAAGACCAUUAGCUUACAUUCACUCUUAUUGUGUCUGAUCGUAUGAAGAGAAUGCAUCUGAGAGUGGCCCUAACUCUAUCCAAAGGAAAGUGCAGAAAGACACCAGCAAUGAAAUCCACACAAACUACUUCACCAACGAUCACCUAUAUGGCAACAUGGAGGUAUGUACUGUAGGCCUACUGCAGACAUUUACAGUAGAUAUCUGAGAUCUGAGAAGAACUUUGCACUAAAUACAAAGGAUAUAAAAAACUAUAGAGGUGUGGUUGUUGUUGACGAUAUCUCUUAUCUGGUUUCCUGUAGGCUGAAGAGGUUGGCGACCCAUACCAGUGUGAUGGUGGAGAUGAUGCAGUCUAUGCUAACGUGUGA